AUGUAUGAGUUACUUGAAAAGUACAUGUAUUUAAGUAGGAGCAAAAACUUCCAUGACCUACAGGCACCAUUACUUGAGUUACUCCUCACUGUUUAUGUGGGUUCAGUAGUGGAUAACCUGGGCAUAAUCGUCCUCACCAAGAUAGACUCUAGGCUACAAACACCCAUGUACUUCUUCCUCAGACACCUGGCUUUCACUGAUCUUGGUUAUUCAACAGGUGUGGGACCCAUAAUGUUCACUGUAGAUCAACAUGCAAUCUGCUUUAGUAGGUGUGCCACCCAACACACUUUUUUCAGUAUGUCUAUCAUGACUGAAAUUUUUAUUCUGUCGGUAAUGGCCUAUGACUUCUAUGUGGCCAUCUGUAACCCUCUGCUCUACACAGCUGUUAUGUCACAAGCAUUAUAUCAAGGGCUGGUGGUAAUACCUUAUCUCUACAGUGUCUCUUUGUCUUUGCUGACCAUCAUGAAAAUUUUCCUAUCAUCAUUUGGUGACUGUAAUGUCAUCAGGCAUUUCUACUGUGACAGUCUACCAUUGAUAGCUUUGCUCUGCUCAGGCACUGAGAUUAAAUUGAUAAUUCUGAUCUUUUGUGCUUUUAAUUUGGUGUCAUCUCUUCUGAUAGUCCUCAUGUCCUACAUCCUAAACUUUGUUGCCAUCCUCAAGAUGAACUCUGCCAAAGGCAGGCACAAGGCAUUCUCCAACUGCGGGUCCCAUCUGACCAUGAUUGCCAUGCUCUAUAGAACUCUAUUCUUUAUGUGUGUGCAGCCCAAAACUAUUCACUCCUUUGAUACUGAUAAUAUAGCUUCCUUAUUUGACACAUUGGUUGUACCCAUGCUGAAUCUGAUGAUCUACAGCUUGAGGAAUAAAGAAGUGAAAAAUGCCCUACAAAGAACUUGGAGAAUGUGUGCAAUUAUAAGCAUACCUCAGAGAUACUGUGGGUUUGGUUCCAGUCCAGCACAAUGA